GUGGCCGGGGUGGCUGGGCGGGCCGUAAACGCCGCGAGUCUCGGAGAUCAUCUUUACGUUUUCGGGUAGACCACGGCGCCGUCGCCAUGUCCCUGGCGGCCUCGGGGGGCCGUGGCCCGGGGGCCGUGUGGUCCCCAACACACGUGCAGGUGACAGUGCUGCAGGCGCGGGGUCUGCGGGCUAAGGGCCCCGGAGGCACGAGCGACGCGUACGCCGUGAUCCAGGUGGGCAAGGAGAAGUAUGCCACCUCGGUGUCGGAGCGCAGCCAGGGUGCACCGGUGUGGCGGGAGGAAGCCACCUUCGAGCUGCCGCCUCUGCUGUCCGCCGGGGCCGCGCCUGCGGCCGCUGCCACCCUGCAACUCACCGUGCUGCACCGCGCGCUGCUUGGCCUCGACAAGUUCCUGGGCCGCGCGGAGGUGGACCUGCGAGAGCUGCACCGGGAUCAGGGUCGCAGGAAGACCCAGUGGUAUACCUUGAAAUCCAAACCAGGAAAGAAGGAUAAAGAGCGAGGAGAGAUUGAGGUUGACAUCCAAUUUAUGAGAAACAACAUGACUGCUAGCAUGUUUGACCUUUCCAUGAAAGACAAGUCUCGGAAUCCGUUUGGGAAACUGAAGGACAAGAUCAAGGGGAAGCAUAAGGAUAGUGCAUCCGAUACCGCUUCAGCCAUCGUCCCCAGCACGACACCCUCCGCAGACAGUGAUGAUGAAUCGUCUUCAAAAGACAAGAAAAAGAAGUCAAAGAUUAAGACCUUGUUUUCCAAGUCUAAUUUGCAGAAAACACCGCUUUCCCAGUCCAUGUCUGUCCUGCCUACUUCAAAGUCAGACAAAGUUCUGCUUCGUCCUGGAGACUUUCAGUCACGGUGGGAGGAUGACGACAAUGAGGAUGAAUCCUCCUCUGCCUCGGACAUCAUGUCUCACAAGAGAACAGUAAGUGCCGAUCCUAAGCAGCAGAACCAGAUCAGCUUCACGCUUCCCAAGAAGGAAGGCCUUUCCUUUUUCGGCGGCCUUCGGUCUAAGAGCGACUCCCUCUCCCGCUCUAACGUCUGUAUCAACGGGAACCAUGUUUACAUGGAGCAGCCAGAAGGCAAGAGUGAGACCAAGGACAGCACCCCUUCUUCUUCACCAUCCCCCCAGGGCUUCAGGAAGAAGCAUUUAUUCUCUUCUACAGAAAACCUGAGUCCUCGGGCUUUGAAGGAGCCUGGGGAAGGAGCUGCAGUGUCUUCCGACAGGCGGCUCUCGGAGUCUUCCACGAAGAACUCGCCGAAAUCCAUGACUCUGCCGCCUUCCUGGCCACCGGUCAGUGGGGACAUUAGGGAAAACGCGGCCCCAGCGAAAUUGGAGGCUGUGAAAGAAACCAAAGAGAGCAAGAAGCAUGAAAACAAGAAGUCCUCUUUGCUUUCUCUGGUGACAGGAAAGAAGGACGUGGCUAAGAGCAGUGAGGGCGAGAGCUCUGCUGCUGUCCCUGGGAAGGAGAAGGAAGGCGUGCUGAGGGAGAGUGGGCUGGGGCCUAUGGAAGACCCUGUGAAAAGAUCUGAGCAGGACCCUACAGCCGUUGCCGCUGGACGGGAUAAAUCCCUGAACCCCUUUGAAGAAGUGCAGAUCACAAAGCCGGAAGCUGACCCGGAGCCCAAGUCCGAACCAACACCACCUGUUCCCUCUGUAAGGGCUCCCCGGACGAAAGCCGUGAAACCUCGACUGGAAGUGUCUCCAGAGGUUCAACCCACAGCCCGGCUUCCUUCUUCCCCUGACGCUCCUGUCUUUUUUCCUGCUCUUCCUUCCGGUUCUGGGCAGAUACCUGUCCCUUCUCAAUUGGGGCUUGAGUCAGAGACACAGUCCUCAGAAUCUCCUUCUGUCUCCUCCUCUGUCCCAUCGCCCAUAGCAGCUCCCAUUUCCACAUCCACGCCUAUUAAAAGCUGGCCUUCCGUCGACCAGGGCCAGGCUGGUUCUGAAGAACCGUCUUGGCUCCUUAAAGCAGAGUUGCGAAAGGAGAGUUUAACACACGUUCCAAAUGCUGUUUCUUGUGCCUUGGGAGCACUUUCCAAACAGAGCCCCAUUCCAGUGUGUAAAGCGAUGGAAGAUUCACCAGUGAGGGCGACCAGUGAGCUAGACACAGAGAAGAAUUCCAGUGGUGAUGACUCAGAAAAGCCUGUCCUGAAGCAGCCUGAAAUGGGGCAACAAGAAGAGGAGCUUCUGAGGCUGCCCCCCGAACAAGAAGAAGACUGUAGCCCUUCACCCGAAGAUGUGACAUGUGCCCUUUCAGUGAGAAGGAGCAGGAUAGAAAGCCCAGCUGAGAAGCCUCCACUAGGGGUAAACAUAGACUUUGAGAGUCAGUCUGGGUCUUUUGAGGGGAACAAAGCUAGGGUUGGCGGAAUGACUUCUGCAGUUCAACAAGUGGUACCUCCUCUUCACAUGGGAGAAUCGGUCCCCACACUUGACUCUGUGAUGUGGAGACCUGAAGAGGUGGGUUCGAAUGUCAGUGAGGGCAGAAAGAAAAUCAAGAAGCAUGUGUCCUUUUCUGAGCAGCUCUUUGUGGAAGAGGAAGUGGAGAAGGCCACUGGACUGGUUGAAGAGGACGAAAGUGAGCCCCGGGAGCAGAGGCGCGAGGGGGCUGCCACUGGCAGUGUGUGUGACAGACAGCCUGCUGAGCCCGCCCACACAGGAGACUCUGAGGAGGAAGCUGGGACCGAACACAGGCCGCUGGACUCUGGUGGACCAGCUGCCACGGUGGACCACCUUCCCCUCCUCUCUCAUGAGGAGAAUGUCUCAGAAGGCCCAGUGAGUGAAGCCAGCUCAGGGAAAAGCAUUCCACUCUUUAGGACUGAGGGAGACGAUACCCUUACGGCUGAAAAUCAGAGCAAAGCCAGUGAUCACGAAGGCCUAUUAUCUGAUCCCCUGAGUGACCUUCAGUCGGCCUCAGAUGUUAAAUCUCCAGUCAUGGCCGAUCUGGACUUAACCCUUCCUUCCAUUCCUGAAGUUGCAUCAGAUGAUGAAAGAGUAGAUGCGGUUGAAGAUGACAGAGAGAGGGCAAAGGUGGCAACUCGGAAAGUAGGAGCUUCUUCCUCGAGCCCGUUGCCUACCCAACCUGAGAAGGAAAAAGUGUCGAGUGGCGAGGCAAACGGGUUGGCAGUGCCCGCAGAGAGCCUGCAUGACCUCAGGUCAGAAGCGCCUGAAGCACCUGUUAGGGCCUCUUCAGAGCAGACUGCAGCUUUAGGAAUUCACAAACCAUAUCUUGGCAAGAGCUCACACUUGGAUAAACAGCCGCCAGGGCCCGGCGAUGGUGAGGAGGAAAAACUGAUGGGGAAUGGGAAGCCAAGUCGGCCUCCUGACGUGACCCUGGGUUCUCCCAUCUCCAGCCCCUCCUUUUCUGAGACCUUUCCUGCCACACACUCUUUCCUCGGCUAUCCACACUCUGACACUCACCACACCAGUACAGCAGAAUCUCAUAAAAAAGCAACAGCAGAGGGCCUCCCUGAUAAAGUGGAAAAUUCUGGCAAGAGGAAGCCGCUUCUUCAGGCCUGGGUCUCACCCUCGGAGACACAUCCAGUCUCAGCUGGAACUGGGUCAGCCAAGCACAGACUUCAUCCUGUGAAGCCAAUGAACACAACAGCCACCAAAGGUGCUAACUCCAGCUUGGGAACUGCCACCAUCAUCAGUGAGAACUUGAUCAAUGAAGCCAUAAUGAAGAAAUACAACCCCUCGGACCCUGCUUUUGCUUAUGCACAGCUAACCCACGAUGAGCUGAUCCAGUUGGUCCUCAAACAGAAGGAAACAAUAAACAAGAAGGAGUUCCAGGUUCGCGAGCUGGAAGACUACAUAGACAAUCUGCUAGUCAGGGUCAUGGAAGAAACCCCCAACAUCCUCCGAGUUCCGGCUCAGGUCGGCAAAAAAGCAGGAAAGAUGUGAAUGGCCAGCUUACGACCCUGAGAUGUUUUUGUGAGUUUGUUUCCAUCUCCUCCUGAGGCCAAGGACUCGAUAUGCCUGAGAACCAGCGUACAGGCUCCAAGUCACCAUCUCCCUUGCAUGUAAUCUGGCAGGAGUCAAUCCUACCAAUUGAAGCCUGGUUAAUUAUUACAAUGAAAUUUUUACUGUACGUUCCCAGGGUUUUAUUUUUAAAUGCCACUGUGCCUUUAACUAUGUUGUAAAUAUUUUAUGCCCUGACCAAAGACACGGUCAUAAGAUCUGAUCCUGGCCCAGAGAUUCAGAUGGCUCCAGGGUAUUAAUGUAUUUUAACAUUGGGGUUUUCUUUCUUUGAUAUUGAGAUUCUAAAAUACGUAUCUCCCAGUCAUUAAUCUUGGGCUGAAAUGAGAAGGAGCAUGCAGUCGGUGCUGGUGUUACACACGCUUUUGACUUUUGAGUAACUCAGGCGUGGCUUUUUGGUUGUAGAUGCUAAAUUUUGAUACCAUGUCAACGUCCUGAGCUUCUUAGACUUGGUCUUGUUGUUUUGAGCAGAGGAGUCUAAGAAAAAACCUCUGAGUGCCUUUUAAGUUUUGAACAAGCUGCCUUUCUAAACAUCAGCUUCCACUACUCUCUAGCCUUAAAAUGUGCUCGGUGCAGAUCCACAGGGCUUUUGGAUGGAGAUAUGAGAAGUAGAACAGGGGAAUGGGAGAGUCACUUUGCACUCAGUUAGGGGGAGGUGGUCAGAGUCCCUUCUCUCAUGACAGCAGGGUUCCUGCUGGCCAGAAUGGCCCAGUCAGUGCUUUGACAAGGGGUUGGGUGACCCAAGCACUACUAAAAUGGCUCCGCCAGGUAUGGAAUGAUUUCGGUAGGAUUUCUGUGGCCUUUUUCCCCCUGUGCCUUGGCUUGGCUCCCUGGUUUCUUUGUCAGCACUUCCUGGCAUUUUCUCCCGUUGUUAUAAAAUUGUGAAGAGCAAGAAAAUGAUACUUAUUUUUGGAUUGCUGUAUUUUUAAAACUAGAUUAAUACACAUAUUUUUUUUAAGUAGGACACUUGCCCCCUUCUUAACUAAUAGCACCAGAUUCUUCAGGUAAUUUCAUUGUUAGUAACCUAAUACUGGAAUUAGAACAUUUCCAUAUUUCUCAUUUUUUUCUGCCAGUUGUCACAGAAUCUCAUCAGAUCUUGAUCUUUUUCCUGAGGGAGGAAUAUCACAGGCCAAAGGGUGGGAAGGGGUGGUAAUCCGAGCAGUUAUUAACUUGGGAAUCUCUUCUAUGUAUGUUCUUGUAAUAUUGAGGUUAAGAGGCAAGAUUGUUGGUGGCAGAAUUCCUUUUCAGGAUCACAACCUUAGUUGUAUCUGAGCACUUUAAUCUGAAGGAUGAUACUGUAACUUGAUUUACCUAAUUAGCCUUUAAUUAUCUAUAGCUAUUUUAUUUAAUACUAUCCCCCAGUACUGGGGACCACUGUAAACUUCUCAGAAGACUUGUGUUUUUGUAGUGCUAUGAAAUUUAUUAACAUACCUACAAAGAGAACUGUAUAUUCACUUGAACUCUGAAAAUGUACAUAUUUGUUCUGCGACAUGUUUUUUACUUGAUAUAAAUGUAUUUUGACUGUGAUAACCCAAGUGCACUGGGGGCAGCUGUGCUCUGAACGGUUUCUCCUUUGAAGAGCUGGUGUGGAGACCUGCACUGUUCACGGGAGGUGGUUGGUUCAGAGAUAUCUGUUGCUAGGACCUCGGGGAUAUCCGUGCCUGGGUCAGUGUUUGAGAGGGACAUGUGGGUGGAGGAGUGAAUUCCUGUGCUCUGAAAUGCCACUUGGGAACUCUGGAGAAUGAAGGACAAUUUGCUUCAAGGGUGUCUGGCUUCUACCACUGCUAGAAAAGAAUUCCAUUUAUCGCAUUCCUGUAUUUCUCAAAGUAGAUAACCUGAAGGUCAUUAGUUAAUAACUGUCCUUGAGGACUCUACUUUGGGGGAGAAUUGAUCUAGGAAAAGCUUUAGCCUGCUCUGAGCCAUUAACAGGGGUCGGUGAGUUGGAGGGCUGGACUCCUGGAACUGGUAUAUGUCUGAGGGCAUAUGGCCAUCUACACAAGGAGAGCUGGGACGUGCCUCUGGCUGCUGUGAAUGCUCACCUCACUGAUGGGCCCUGGGAGGAGGCUGAGCUCUGGAAAAGCAGCAGCAGCUUUCUUCUUGGCCUUGCCUGGCUGCCUCCGGAAAGAGCAGUCAGUACUUUAAGCAUCACAUUUAAAUACCAAACCCCUUGCAAGUGAACUUCAGUUGGAGGUCAGCUCCCUGAACAAAACAUCGAUUAUGUGCCUGGUUUGUUUCAUAUCAUCUCAUUCCUUGGACUUUGACAGGUGUCCUGCCCUCUCCUUUUAUUCCUGUGUGUUCACUUCAUGAGGGUGGCAGAAUGGAGGAGCGAGAAAGUCUGCCCUUUGCCACGCAGAACAGCUGAUGACCUGAGUGGAGAGGUGUGUGCAUGCGUGCGUGCAUGCAUGAAUGGGGUAUACGUGUGUGGUUACAGCUUUACUAACAGUGGGAGCUCAAAAGGGCGUGGAGGAAGGUCCAUGCCACUCAGCCACGUGCUGUAUUGAAAGCCAAAGGCAGCUUAAUGUUAAAUUACACAGGAUCUUUCCUCACUGGGUCCCUUCUCCCGAUUGACCCUUUUUUUCUUUUUUAGAACUACUAGUUACUUAUCCCUCAAGGCCGAAAGAUUAAUUGCCUUAGGUGGAGAAUUUAACCUCCUAGUAUGCACACCAACCUCAACUCUGGCUUCUUGGUAUCUAGCAUGUGAGCUACUAACAUUACCUCUUCCUCCCGCCAACUGAAGGAUCGCUCGGUGUUUUUGGAUUAUGGAAUUAUUUCCUGCUUUGUUACUUUGGGAAUUUUGAAUUUCUCUGACUUUGUUUUUAAGGAAGUAACCUAAAAGUUCCUACAACACUAAAUAAAAUGGUACUACCUUUCAAA